AUGGCUUCUCUUCUGGGUGCAAAUUAUGACUCCUCUAGUGAUGAAGAUGCGCAGACUGCGCCAGUCAAAUCAACACCAGCCCCAGCACCAUCUGCGGGUGUCGUCGCCGCACCUGACGUCUCCGUAGAGGACUUUUCGCGCUUGCAGAUGAUGCUAGCAAAGCCCACCGAUACCACUUUGACUUACAACGCCACCUACGAUGAUAUGUCGCAACCGAGUCUGGGACCCGAAAACCCUUUCCGCUCUGCGCAUGGAGGAAACGCAUUGAAGAGGAAAAAUGCAUUGACGGGACAUGCAGAGGAAACCUUGAUUAGCGAGGCAACGUUUAAUACCCAACAUCGGACUUUCCAGGCCUUUGGAUACACUAAAGAUCCAAGUAUGCCCGGGGGGUUUGUCGGGGAUAUGGAAGCUGUUGCGCGCCUUGGGGGCAAGGACAUAGUGCAGAUGCGGCCAUCAAAGGAGGUCAGUGCUGCGUUGAGGAGGAAGAGGCAAAAGAAAGGAGAUUCGAGCAUCGUUGAAGGAGAAGGAGCUUAUGUAGGGCCAUGGGCGAAAUAUGAGACUGAUGAUCACAUGUACGAGGAAGAGGUGGACCUAGCUGGUAGAGAUCUUGCCAGCGAUGAGGAAUACAUCGAAGAGGCGAUUGCGCCGUCAAAUGUGCCGGCCAUGGAUAAAAAGGCUACAGCGUACCAGGAAGAUACGUCUCAAACGGAGACCACGGAAUUUCAUGGUUCGGAACAAUUCGACUACAUGGGGAGGACAUACAUGCACGUUCCGCAGGACCUCGAUAUCGACCUCAAAAAGGAGGUUGGGAGCAUCAAGAACUACGUCCCCAAAAAGUUGGUUCAUACUUGGAAAUCGCAUACGAAACCCAUUACCUCGCUACGCUUCUUCCCCAACUCAGGCCAUCUCCUUCUCUCCUCCUCCGCUGAUUCCAAAAUCAAAAUCUGGGACGCAUACCAUUCCCGAGAACUCCUACGCACAUAUUCAGGCCACUCCAAUGCGAUUACAGAUACGACCUUUCACCCGACGGGCACCACCUUCCUCUCCGGCUCGUACGACCGCCAAAUCAAACUCUGGGACACGGAAUAUGGCAAAUGCAUCUCCCGUUUCUCAACUGGGAAAACACCCCAUGUCAUCCGCUUCAACCCCGACCCCGCCCACUCCCAUGAAUUCAUUGCCGGCAUGUCCGAUAAGAAGAUUAUCCAAUUCGACACACGUACUGGCGCCAUCACACAGGAAUACGACCACCAUCUCGCUGCCGUCAACACACUCACUUUCGUCGACAACAACAGCCGCUUCAUCUCUACUUCAGACGACAAAUCCCUGCGCGCAUGGGAAUACAACAUCCCCGUUCCCAUCAAGUUCAUCGCCGAACCAUACCUGUACGCGCUCGUGCGCGCUGCACCGCAUCCCAAUGGCAAAUACGUCGCUUUUCAAUCCGGUGACAAUCAGAUCGUUGUGUACGCAUCGACGGAUAAGUUCCGGCAGAAUCGCAAGAAGAUUUUCCGUGGGCAUAAUAAUGCUGGGUACGCCAUUGACGUUGCCAUUAGUCCCGAUGGACAGUUCGUCACGUCUGGAGAUAGUGGGGGGUAUGUGUGUUUCUGGGACUGGAAGACUGGGAAGAUGUGGCAUAAGAUUAUGGCAGGGGGAAAGGAGGGAUCUGCGAUUACGUGUGUGGAGUGGCAUCCACAAGAGACUAGUAAAGUUGCUACGGCGGGGCUGGAAGGCGUUAUUAAGUAUUGGGAUUGA